CAUCUUUGUUCCGGGCAGUGGGCCCAUCUCCGAGAUGCCGAAGUCUUGCGCGGCCCGGCAAUGCUGCAACCGCUACAGCAGCCGCAGGAAGCAGCUCACCUUCCACCGGUUCCCGUUCAGCCGCCCGGAGCUGCUAAAGGAAUGGCUGCUCAACAUUGGCCGGGCUAACUUCAAGCCCAAGCAGCACACAGUCAUCUGCUCCGAGCACUUCAGACCCGAGUGCUUCAGCGCCUUUGGGAACCGCAAGAACCUGAAACAGAACGCUGUGCCCACCGUGUUCGCUUUCCAGAACCCCACACAGGUCUGCCCUGAGGUGGGGGCUGGUGGGGACAGCUCAGGGAAGAACAUGGACACCACAAUGGAAGAGUUGCAGCCUCCAGACACUGAAGGCCCCGUGAAACAGGACUUACCAGAGAGAGCAGAAGCAAUGGAGGCCCCCAGCCUGCCAGCCAGCCCCCUGUUGGAAAGGCCCCUUCCAGGACAGCCGUCUGAUCACAGCUAUGCCCUUUUGGACUUGGAUACCCUGAAAAAAAAACUUUUCCUCACGCUGAAGGAAAACAAGAGGCUCCGGAAGCGCCUAAAGGCACAGAGGCUGCUGCUGCGGAGGACAUGUGGCCGCCUGCGAGCCUACAGAGAGGGACAGCGGGGCCUGCGGCGGGCCAGACGGCCAGCACAGCGGAGCUGAGCCCGAGGCUCUGGGACGUGGGGAGGGUGCUGACACCCUGGCAGCAAGUGGAGCUCAGACUGCUGUGCACACUUGCCCUCGCUGCUGGCAGGAUGGGGUGCUGUGACUGGCAGCUAUCAGGUGGGGCCCAAGUGCUGCGGAGUCAGGCAGUCUCAGGGGUCCUAGGCUGAGGCUGGCAGCUGUGGGGCUGUCUUGCAACAGUGAGCAAGUGUGAGGUGCUGUCACAACCCUGUCAGAUCCUCCCUGAGGUGGCCGUUCUUACAGGCCCACUCCAGGAACAGGUCUAGUCCAUGGGCCCUCACUUCCCCAGAGGAACUAUUCUGACAGGGCACGGAUCCCCCAUCAGCUGUAUUUCUCAGUGACUCCUUUUUUGGCCUGGUUUGUGUGAAUGUGGAAUAAAUUCUUUGAACGCUG